UCGUCGAAUUAUAAUUGUUCGAGUAUGAAGUAUGUAUCUAAUGUCAAUUCUUCCACAAAAAUUAUCGUAAAUGGAGAAGUUAUAUUUUCGUCAAAUAAAACUUUGGAAAAUAGAGUUUUGGUUGGAUACAAUGAUGUGACAAUUAGAACAAUUCGAAGUAGAAAUAAAAGCGAAGCGAAAAUGAUAGAUAAAGUCAUGGCACUUUGUUAUUCUUUGCGUAUGAAUAAAACGAAAACCGAUAGCAUCACUAUCAGAUUACACUCCUUAACAACAAUUCUAAUACUGAUGUUUUCAGCAAUUAUUAGUAGCAAACAAGUUGUAGGAAAUCCAAUAGAAUGUGUUCAUACCAGAGAUAUACCCAUCGAGGCUUUCAAUUCGUAUUGUUGGAUACACAGUACAUAUUUUGUGACCAGAGCUAUGCUCGGUACCAAUGGCAUAGACGUUGUGGCACCUGGAGUUGCGUCUUCUCAUGGAAAUCAUCGUUAUGAUCAAGAAGACGAUAUAUAUUCCAAUAAGGAGACAAUAAAAAAUGUAAAAUAUUACCAGUGGGUCGCCUUCGUCUUAAUAUUGCAAGAGUCGGAAAACGGGAAGUGAGCUGAUUGACGUGUAGGUGUUUCCGACCGUUUCGGUUUGAGCACAAUGCGAAAUUGAUUAUUUUGUUUUUCACGAUACACACCGCCUUUGAACCCCUUUUCUACGUUGGAUCUGUGUGACAAGAACUCGAAAAUGGAGAAAUGUAUACUUUGUUCAAGUAUUGUUAUUUUCUUCAACCUAAAUGUUGUUUCAAAUGUGUUCAAUUCUUUGAACUUUUUUUUAAAAUAAAAG